GCCAGAUCCUGCAAUAAAACCUUUGAUAAUCCUACUAACGCCCACGCGGUCAGAGACUGAACUGAUAUCGCAGCACAACCUGAGAUGCAGGAAUCUGAGUCCCUAACUCUCGGGGACGGUCGAACCCUCUCCUUCGCCGUCUACGGCGCUCCGGCUUCGGAUACGACAGUCCUUUAUUUCCACGCAUUCCCGUCCUCAAGAUUGGAGGGACGAUUAUGGCACGCAGCCGCUAAAUCGCUUAACGUUCGUUUUGUCGUGCCUGACCGUCCAGGGAUGGGGAACUCAACAUUCCAACCCUCGCGAACCAUUCUCGACUGGCCCAAAGACACCAUCACCCUUGUCGACCAUCUAGGAAUCGAGAGGUUUUACGUCAUGGGAUUAAGUGGAGGCGGCCCAUAUACACUGGCAUGUCUGUAUGGCAUACCGAAGGAACGCCUGGCUGGAGCCUCUGUCAUCGGAGGGUUGUAUCCCAUAACCCUUGGAACGGCAGGCAUGAUGAUGGCUUCGAGGAUAAUGCUCUGGGUAGCUCCGUGGAUGACCGGGCUUUUUGGAACUUUGAUGGAUUAUACAAUGGGGAAGGCAGCGCGAAACAAGGAUCCCAAGGUCUUCGAGGAUCUUGUGAUGAAGGAGAUGCGAUCAAGACCCGAAGUAGAUCAGCAAAGUAUUAAAGAUGAAAACAUCAAGCAUGAUUUCAUUGAGUCAACAAGAGAGGGAGUUAGACAAGGCUCUCAAGGGGCGGCGUGGGAAGCAAGACUUUUUGGAAGCCCAUGGGGCUUUGAAUUGACCCAACUCCACUCCGAAGUGCCAUUGACGCUGUGGCAUGGUAAUUUGGAUAUCAACAGCCCAUCUGCCAUGGUCACGAAAGCGAAGGAGAUGCUUCCCGGCGCGACGUUGCGGUUGGAAGAGGGCGAGGGGCAUGUAAGUCUCGCGUUUAAGUUCCGGGAAGAUAUUCUUAGAGAGCUCCUAGGACGGUAGGCGUCGUGUCCUCUCUUUCCCCAUAUUCUCUCUCCCUCUAGUAGCUUCAUGUCUCUCUCUUUAUUUUAGGCGCUUAUCGCCC